CUCUGCAACUGUUUCUGCUCUUCCUAGCAAUGAUUUGUCUCCAACAAAAUGUGAAGGGGAGUGAAAUCAUAAAAGGUAAAAAAGCCAAGAAGAGUUCAAUGCUGUACAUGGCAUCAGUGCAAAACAGGAUAAGGCACAUAUGUGGAGGAUUCCUUGUCAGUGAAGACUUUGUAUUGACUGCUGCACACUGUGAUGAUUGGAAUCCUAGAAAUGUUGUUCUGGGCACCCACAAUCUCAAGAAAGCUGAGAAUUCCAUGAUAUAUCAAAUAAAAAAGAAGUGCAAGCACCCUUCUUACAAUGAUGUUACAUUUGAAAAUGAUAUCAUGCUUCUCAAACUGUCUGAGAAAGUUUACCUGGACAAAAAAAGACGAAUUAAACCAAUUAAACUUCCAACUCAACAAAUAAACCUAAAAGAAAACAAAACCUGCACAGUAGCUGGAUGGGGAGCCACAGAAAGUCGUGGUGAACCUGUUGAUAGCUUGCAAGUGGUGGAUGUUCCCAUCAUUAACCUGGAGAAGUGUAAGAGGAUUUGGCAAAAUAGUAUUCCUGAUAAUGUUAUCUGCGCAGGAGGAUACUACAAAAAUAAAGGAAUCUGUCAGGGUGAUUCUGGGGGUCCUCUGGUAUGUGACAAGAAGAUGGCAGUUGGAAUUGUUUCCUUGAACAAAGGUGAAAAAUGUGACUAUCCUGAUGUCCCCAACGUCUAUACAGACAUUUCAAAAUUCCUGCCCUGGAUUAAAGAUAUUCUCAACAAAAAGACUUUAUCCAACACGUCAAGGGUGUCGACAGCAUCAUCAGAGCGCAUCAAGGAAGUAGCUAACAGAGCAGCUCUGAUGGCACGAGCAGCGUCUCUGAAAGAAAAACAGGCUCUAGAGUUAAAAGAAGCAGAAAUUAAAGCUGCAAAGGAAAGACUGGAAAUUGAAACAGCCAUUGCAGUGUCUACUGCCAAAGUGAAAGUGUAUGAGGAAUGUGAAGAGGUUAAGUCUCAAGGUCUCCUUGACACCCCCGGAGGCUGUUUCAGUGGCAACAUGGAAAGCCUGCAUGCAUUUCUGCUGGUCUAUGUUCUGACAUGUCUGGGACAACUAGGAUAUGGAACUGACAUCAUACAUGGUAAAAAAGCGCCAGAUAAAUCAAUGUUGUAUAUGGCUUCUGUACAGAGCAGCAAGGGUCAUGUAUGUGGAGGAUUUCUUGUCACUGAGGACUUUGUUGUAACCGCUGCACACUGUGACACUGUGAACAUCACACAUGUUGUUAUUGGCAACCACAAUCUCCAGCAGGGCAGUAAUAUAAAAAUAAUCGUCGAAAAGAAAUUCAAACCCAGCGAUUUUAAUGAUGUUUGGCUGGGCAAUGACAUCAUGCUCCUUAAACUGUCUAGGAAAGCUCAACUAGGCUGCAAAGUACAAAUAAUUCAACUUCCAUGUGCUGAAAUAACCUUGGAAGAAAAUCAAAUUUGUCAAGUGGCUGGAUGGGGAACAACUAAAAAUGGUGGCUCAGUUGUCGAUGACCUGAGAGUGGUGAAUGUGUCCGUCAUUAACCCAGAAGUCUGUAGGGAACAAUGGCCCGGUCUUCCUGUCAAUGUUAUCUGUGCAGGUGGAUACGGCACAGACAAAGGAUUCUGUCAGGGUGAUUCUGGUGGUCCUCUGGUGUGCAACGGGUUAGCUGUUGGUAUUGUUUCUUUCAACAAAUAUCGCAACUGUAACUACCCAGAUGUGCCCAAUGUCUAUACGGACAUCUCAAAAUAUCUUCAAUGGAUCAACAAAGUUCUGGCAACUACAAAACCUUCCUAA